AGUUGGCUGGAAAAUAUCGCAAGAGAACUUGCUAAAUAGGUUCCUAAAUCCCUCCCAAUCUCAUCCAUAAGUGACGGGAGUAAAUAGAUUGAUGGAAAUAUUUGUAGAAUGUGACUUUAUGAGCACUCUUGGCAGCAGAUGAUGAUGAAAACACAGAAAAGAACGAACCAACAGUGAAGACCGUGAAGACAAUCGAAGAGAUCGGAAAUCAUACGAAGAAGACCGUCGCUCGUUUGUGUCGAAUAUGAUCGCGGAUUUCGUCUCUGUCAACGACUGAAAGAGCGAUCUACUUCUAAAGACAGUACUCAAGAUCGUAGGGAACUAAAAUUCAUUCGAUUUACUGUGAUAUUCGCUCGUAUUUUGCCAAUUUUAUUCGUUUAUUUUCUGCAGAAAAUUUCAUAUUGUCUACGAUUGUGAGAGCCACCUUACGGUGAAUGACUGAACUGAGUGCUUUGUGGCAUGAUUUAUUUUACCAGUCCAUAGAAAAGUGCUGAGUUGGCCUUUUCAUUUGGAAUAUGCCUCAUAAUAGAGAAUACUACCAGAGUAAACGAGAGUCCAGGGAAUUCGCUGAUUACCAUGAAGAAGAACCACGUGAAAGAGUUGGGCGUAGCCGUGGUGGUCAUGGUGGUGGACCACCUGGUUCGUCCUCGAAACGUUCGAAGCAACACCUGGAACGAGAACUUGGCCCAGCAGAACCGCAUGGCUUGGAACGCGAUCACGAUCGGGAACGACUGAAAAAAAAGAAGAAAAGCAAGAAGAAAAGAACGAAGGAGGAACGUGUAGGCCGGAAGAAAGGGAAAUCAUUGGUGAACGAAGGUUACGAUGAGAUCAGUUCCGAUGACGAAGUUUAUUCGCCUGCCCAUGGCCAUGCUGCAGCUGCUCCGAUGCCUCAUUCACCAUCCCCGCCUGCCAGAAGCGUGAAAAGUCGUGUGGACCCAGAACAUAAAAAAUCUAAGAGUCACAGUCGUGAGGGGAGGAUUUCGCCAAGCACUGCCAUCCAGCAAUAUAAACACGAUUUGAUUGUUCGAGAUCAUAGCCAGUCGCCUGCCCAACCUCGUGAACGAGGCCAGCAUCCACAGAAAGUCAAAGGGAAGCGUGGACGCCCUCCCUCACCAGAUGGUCCACCUCCUGCAGGACCACUUCCGAAAGCAUAUAGACCAAAGAACGAGCAACCGCCGGUCCCAGGACUCUCGCCAACAAGGCAGUCCCCUCCCAAGGGAUACAGCGUUUCCAAGGGGUACAGUUCAAAACAAAAAUAUGCAGACUCUAAUCGUUCCUUUGGCUCUGUUGGUCGAGGGCACGCAGCAACUGGCAGUGACUAUCAGAUCUAUGGAAGUCCAAAGCGACAAAAAUAUAAUCGAUCUCCAAGUCCUGGUGCGUACAGACGUCGCUCAAGAAGCAGAAGUCCAAUUUUUAGGCCCAAGAAGCGUCGAAAAGAGCGAGGUGGUCGAGAGGAAUUCGAAUCUAAUCGUGAUCCAUAUCAACGUGUUCGUCGAAGAUCACGGAGUCCCUCAAGUUCAAGGUCCUACAAUCGUCACAAAUCAAGAAGUCUUUCACCACCCCCUGGUGGCAGGGGUAAAAAAAUGAACGCCACGAACACUAGCCAGACAACUCUGAAAUAUGCCUCCAGUUUGGCAGCUGAGCUUAGUAAACAUAAAAAGGCACGGGAGAAAGCUGCGAAGCUUGGCGGACCGCGACCACACCGGACAAGUCCCGGACCAUAUACUAAGGACAGAACGUUGAACUUGUUACGAGAAGACAUAAAAUCUUUAGGAAAUUCUCCAAUUGGUGCUCCCCCUAUGGUAAAGAAAGAAGUUAAACCUGAACGAACAGUAGAAAUAAGUCGACCUGCACCGGUCAAACCGGACAAUUCUAGUGUUCGUGUUAAGAAAGAAGAACCGGUCAUAGAGCAAAGGGAUGCACGUGAUCGGGAACGCGAAAUGCGGGAGCGGGAAAUCCGUGAACGCAACGAACGUGAGGAAAUAGAGCGUCAAAAGCGUGAACGGUAUGAACGAGAAAAGAGAGAACACGAGAUGAGGAUUCGAGAAGAGAAGAAGCGUUCCCAGCCUCCACCUCCACAGCAGCAGCCGUCGACGUUACUGGGGUUGCCGAUGCCACCGGAGGUCGGCUCGGAUGAUGAUAGUAGUAGUAGUGCUUCCUCCGAUAGAGACAGUCCUCAGCGCUCUCCUCCACGCAAAGGCAUCCGUGAUCUGCCAAUGCCGCCGCAGUAUGAUGAUGAAGAAGAAGGAAGUCUGUCCAGUUACCCCGCACACAUGCAAGCGACCAUACAGCAGAGAAGGAUGUUAGCCAUGCACUCACAGAUGCAGCCUAUGGCCGCCCCAGAACCAGAGGCACCCAUUCCAAAGUGGAAGUUAAAACGACCAAGAGUUAAUACCGCUGUUCAGCAGCCAAAGACCGAGGAGGGCGAGUGGGGUGAACGCUGUGUAGAAGUGUUUGAAAUCAUCACCCAGAUUGGUGAAGGCACCUAUGGCCAGGUCUACAAGGCUAAAGACAAAAAUAGCACGGGGACCAUGGACAAGUUUUCUAAUAAGCCAGACGACAUUCUUGGAGAUGAGGGUGAUAUGGUCGCCUUGAAGAAAGUCCGUCUCGAAAAUGAAAAGGAUGGUUUCCCGAUCACCGCAGUGCGUGAGAUUAAAAUCCUGCGUCAGUUGAACCAUCCAAAUAUCGUCAAUCUGCGCGAAAUUGUGACGGAUAAAAAACAAGCGUUGGAUUUCAGGAAGGACAAAGGUGCAUUUUAUCUGGUCUUUGAAUACAUGGAUCACGACUUAAUGGGAUUACUGGAGUCUGGAUUGGUUCACUUCAACGAGGACCACAUCGCAUCGUUCAUGAAGCAGCUUCUCGACGGCCUCAACUAUUGCCAUGGAAAGAACUUCCUGCAUCGCGACAUCAAGUGUUCAAAUAUCUUACUCAACAACAAGGGUCAGAUCAAGUUAGCUGACUUUGGUUUAGCGCGGCUCUACCAGGCAGACGACAAGGAGAGGCCGUACACGAAUAAGGUGAUCACACUGUGGUACCGGCCCCCUGAGCUCCUGCUUGGCGAGGAGAGAUACGGAUGUGCCAUCGAUGUCUGGAGCUGCGGCUGCAUCUUGGGCGAGUUGUUCACCAAAAAGCCCAUCUUUCAAGCGCAGCAGGAAUUGAUCCAACUCGAGUUGAUCAGUCGUACGUGCGGCACCCCGAGUCCCGCUGUCUGGCCCGACGUCAUCCGUCUGCCUCUCUUCCACACGUUCAAACCGAAAAAGCAGUACAGGAGACGACUGAGAGAAGAAUUUUCAUUCUUGCCUAAACCCGCUCUUGAUCUGAUGGACAGUAUGCUCGAAUUGGAUCCAAACAAACGGUGUACUGCGUCUGCCGCUCUCAACUGUCCCUGGUUGGUUGAUGUCGACCCAAGUAAAAUACCACCGCCUGAUUUCCCUCGAGAUCAGGAUUGUCACGAACUGUGGUGUAAGAAGAGGAAAAAGAGUAUGCGCGAGGCAGCAAAACAGGCUGAGCAACAGAGCAUGGGCUUGAGUGGUAAACAGGGCUCGAUGCCGCCAUCUUUACUCAAGCCUGCCGUCAAGGAGGAUAUGCGGCGGCCACGGUCCAAGGAGCGUGACAUUUCACGAUCGAAAUCGGAACCACGUGACGAUUACAAGCCUAUGCCUACAAAGGCUAGUCUUGGCAUCGGUACUUUUUCAAAGGAUCAGGAGUCUAUCCCUGGGUUAGGUACGCCACCUAUGUUCCAAGAUUCUAGCAAUCAUGAAACGCCAGGUUUAGAUGCUGUGUCGAGUGCGGGAAGUUUCAAAACGGAUUCUCGUCAUGCGACUCCGACCACUCUUCGGGAGGAGGGUAAGGGGCUGCGUGGCGGCCCCAAGCAUGGACAGGAGCAGAAACGAACGUCGACUCCAGACCCAAAACAGCCGGGACACAUGUCACAGAGUCAGCAGAAGGGGAGGACUGAUAGUCCGCACAAGAGAGGUCAAGGACAUAGUGAAAGUCAGCAGAAGAAAGGUCAAGGUCAGCCGAGUACGAGUGUAAAGGAUGUCGUGACAGAUUCUCCUACAGUGCAGAAUCAGCUGGAGUCGCUUGGUCAGUUAAUGCAGGCUGAUUCCAAGGGGCCGAGCGUUUCUAAACUGGCACAGGUUUUAAAGGUGCCAGUCGAUACCACUACUGCUCAGUUGUUAGAAAACCUAAACCAGCAGUUGUUACUCGCUGCUGCAGUGAAGAACGCACAGAGUCAGGAAAAGCAGAUGACUUCUGCGGCCUCUUCAAAACCUGUUGAACAGAAAUUCGAUGCGUAUUCUUCACAGCAGAUAAAGAAUACGGCAUCCGAGGCUCUGAGCGCUUUGAGUGGCAAUGCUGAAGGUGGAAAUGCUGGUGUUAAGGCUGCUUUGGCGCAGUUGUUGUCUCAGCAAGGUAUUCACGUUAGUCUGGGUGAGAAUCGCAACGAAAGUCGUGAUUCUACUGACAUGGGAGAAGAACCUAUGGACAUUGAUCCGAGUGUGUCGUACACUCAGGGGGAUGACUCUAUGUCGCAAGAUGCUGCUCAAGGGUUUAGCCGAGCUGAUAGUGCUGGUUACAGUCAUGUCGGGGGUAUUGAUAUCCAUCAUAGCGUCUCGGUCAGCAUGCCACCAAACAUGGCCAGUAUUGUUACAAGUCUUACUAAAUCUGGUUCAAUGAAUGCUCCUAUAAUGGCCACAGGGGCACCUCCACCCCCUCCUCCUGAUAAUAUGUACAGCCAAGUUGGCGCUUUUAGCCAAAUGGUUCAAGGUUUGCCUGGUCCUGGUGGUGUCAGAGCAUCACAUGGUCCGCAAUCAUUGUCUGGGGAGUCGGGUAGUGAUCUGUCUGCAAGUCGUGGAAGCGCCGAAGGAAUAGACACACCAGAUCUUCCCAAGAUGCCGCUAAAUCAGAAAGUGGAGAAGUACUUUGAUGGCGGUAAAUUCCGUGGUGAUGAUAUGAAGCACACGCCCCCUCCACCUCCAAGAGGCACAGACCUGGGGCCGAGGUUACCUGGACCGCCAUUUGCUUUGCCUCCAUUCGAUCCAACGCGACCGCCUCCACCACUAGGCACUCCACCAUCCGCAGCGCAAUCCGGGUACCACAGUAGCAGUGAUGAGCAGCCGAGACACUUCCCUCCCCCACCUGAUGACAAGGGUAACUUUGACAGUGGACCUGGCAUGGACAGGGGUGGGCCUGGAAGGGGUCGUGGGAUGUCGCACUCGGGUUCUGACAGAGGUGGUAAUGAGCGACAGGGACCUGGUGACUUUGGUCAGGGUGGGUCAGAUCGUUAUGGGAAUUUUGGUCGUGACAGGAGAAGAAGUAUAGACUCUGGGGAUGGUGGGAUGGAUAAAGGACCCAAGUUUGGAGGUAACAGUCAAGAAAGAGGAGGACAUCGUUUUGGAGGUGGAUUUGAUGGUGAUCGAGCGGGUCCUGGUGCUGGGCGGGGAAAUUCCGACAUUCCCAGUUUGUUUGAUGACAUCAGACCAAGCCUCCGGAAGGGAAUGAGUGGUGGACCUGGUGCAUUUAACCGUGGAGGGAACAAUGCUGAGAGGAGCAGCAGCAAUUUUGAAGAGCGGUCAAGUUCUGGGGGUUUAGAACGAGACAACUCAAAGUCAUUUAGUUCUGAAAGUGGCCAACGCCCGAACCGUUUCAUCGCAGCUAUGGAGCAGAAUUCACCUGGCCUUUUCAGCAGAAGUCCGGAGCGGAGCAGUUUCAAUCAAGGUGCAGACAGAAGCACUUCUGGUAACUUCGGCAGCGGUGGUCCUGAGAGGGGUGGUGCUAUGAAUCGUGGCGAUGGUGGUAGCUUCACUGGGUCUGGCAGGGGUGGUUUUGGUGGCAGGGGUCGUGGUCGGGGGGAGCCAGGACCACCUGGAGUUGCUGAAGGAAACGAGGGGGAAAAACUUGGGAACUCUGGCAACUUUGGUCGUAGCAGUGAAAGAGGGAAUCACAGUGGAAGCUUUGGAAAAGGCGACAGGUUCGGCGGAUCUGGUUUCAAGAAAGGUGGUAAUUUUGGCAGCGGGAAUCAGGAUCGAGGGGGCCAAGGACAUUUUGGUGGCCGUGGUGGGCGAAUGUCACCAAGGGGUGGAGGUAUGAUGGGGCGUGGUGGAAAGUGGUGAAAGUCCACUAACUUGAAAAUGUUCUGUAUUCUAGUAAGCAUGAACUCGACGUAACAGUAAGAUGCUGUCAAAAAAUCUUUUCUGUGUUUUAUCAUAUCGUGUUUACGCAUUGAGCCUCAUGAGGCAGGGGGCUUAAAAUAUACCCAAGGACAAGUUUUGAAAUACCUCCAUGGAAAAUAGUGGUGUAUGAUAUCGACACUUGUUUCAUUCAGACUCCCAACCAGAUGCGACAUGUUUGGGACGUCCUGUUAAUAUUGGUAACCACAGUUGACAAGCGUACAAGCUUUAAAGCGAAACAUUUUUUAUCUGUUUGUGUGUUGAACAACAUAACCUGUUGUGUCCAGCAAGCGCUUUUAGUUCACAAAUUUAAAUCUGGUCACUUUCGGCAAUAUAGCUUCGUUCACUUGACAAUUGUCUGUCGUGGUUACCAAGCUGGUAACUUAUUGUAGUGAUCAUUUAAACAAAAGAUGUUUGAGAAAACUUGUACAUAUUGGUAAUUUUUGUGCACAUAUUUUUAUAUAGCUAUAAUCAAAUGUUGAUGAAUCAUACAAGCAGUGACGAAUUUGUGUUUCUGACUGCAACUAAACUUGUUAAUUCUGCUUGGAUUAUAAGAUGUGUUUGAUGCAUUUAGGUUGACUUGUUUGAGCCAAUUGAUGCGCGUCUGUAACACACAGGCCUAUUACAGGUGAAAUAGGCCUUUUGUUCUGGUGUUUCCCAAUGGGCUUAAACUCGUCAACACAGUAUACCAGAAAAAGUACUUGCUUUUAAAAAGGUAUUAAACAAGAAAAAGAUUACGCUCAAUGAAUUGUGAUGAGAGAGUUUGGAUGGGAAUUUUGUUCAGUGGCUUUUUUAAUGACCAUUCCUUGGAGUAUAAUUUGGGGACCUUUCUUGAGGACAGCAUUUGAGUAUAAUUCUAACUAUAAACAUUUCUUAUCAUUAGUUUAUUUUCAAAGCCAAAAAUAAUGUGCUAUAUUCUUUAGUCAAAUUAUAUAAUAAUUACCAGAUGAUUUAAAAAAGAUAAGUGACAUUACAUUUAGUGUUUAUUCAUGAAUAUCUUUAUAAACGUUGGUUUGGGUUGGUUUCUUUAAUUGGAUUUUAGCAUUUUAGGAAUUCCAAAACGUUUUAAUGCUCUCGGUCAGAGCAGCGUAAUUUCACUGGGCUGUCUUGUGAAAUAAAGUAGAGUUGCGCGAGUGAAUAAAAUCUCUGACUAGUUAUAGAAAUCCUCUGUAUAGAACAGUACUGUGCAACGUCAGACAUAUGUUGCAAUUUAUACAAAGACAUCAGUUGAUUUGCCAAGACAGCUCCUAAGAAAAUUCUUAUUUUAAACAGGGAAAGAGCCAGUGUUAUUUGGCGUCUUGCCCAGAUAGAUAUUCAGUUUGUUCUGUUCACAUGUAUAUAAAUGUUAUUUUCAUGCAUCUUGUCUGCACAUUCACUGUAAAUGAAUAAAUCUGUUAUCAUAUAUGUUGUACCAUCAUGCGGUUCUGGGCAUCUCAUGUUGCUGAGUCCUGAGUCCCCCGAAACUGUGUCUGGUCGAAAGCCUGCUCCAUUGUUUUGAAAACCCAAUUCAGUUAAUAUAUCACCUGGGCAUUCAGAUCUGGGGGCUCUGAAGACCUUGUGAGUUGCCUGUAGUCAAUGACAAGGACGUACUUACCAGGCUGGCACGUCUCCACGAAACUUCUCUUGUACCAGCUUGGUAUGAAAAAGGUUGGUUUGGAGGUGUUCAGAGUCUAAUCAACUGCAACAGAUUCCGAAUUUUCCCUCAAGUUGAUGGUUUGGGAAUCUUGACCUAUGAGCAGGUGACUCGGCCAACCCCACAUGCAGGUACGAAAACCAUUCAAAAUGCUUUUGGACGAGGGGCCAUCAAAACCCUACUAUGUUACAAGUUUGAUAUAACAUUUUGAGUUGUGUUUUUGCUGACGUUACCAUGGUUACAAACAGUCGACUGUUUGUUAUUGUACAUAUUUGAAUGUAUUGUAUUCAUAUCCGGAAACCGCUUGUAGUUGGCCCACGUUACUUUGUGUGUCCCCGGUAAGAAAUCAGUGUGAAUCACUUGUAUGCUCUUAGUGUAGUAAAAAAUGCA